UUUUUUCUUUUUUGAAAUCUCUCUAAACAACAUUAAUUCUUAGCCAUGUCGGAUCCAGGUUCAAUUGUUAUUACUGCCAUUAUGGAUAAAGUUAUCGAAAUUACUAGCUCCUUGAUCAAAGAAGAGUUCGACCUUGUACGUGGUGUCAAGAAACAUGUUGAAAAGUUAUCAAGCAAUUUGAGAGCCAUCAAAGCCGUGCUGGAAGAUGCAGAGAAGAGGCAAGUGGAUCACCAUGAGCUAAAAGACUGGCUCGGAAAGCUCAAAGAUGCAGUCUAUGAUGCUGAGGACAUACUCGACACUUUCGCGACUGAAGCUGCUCUUUCUAAGAGAAAGCAACAGCUCAGUGCCAAAAAAAUUUCCUAUAAAUCUAAAGUUGCUCAUAAGAUUCAGGAUCUUUCAGCAAGACUUGAUAUCAUAGCUGAAGAAAAGCAAAAAUUUCAUCUCAAUAUCAAUGUUGCUAAUGGGAGGCCUCAAAACCGCCCUCGGACAGGACAAUCUGUGGACACUGCCGAUGUUUUCGGAAGAGAUGCUGACAAAGAAAAGAUAAUAAAUCUUUUGCUAUCGGAUGAAUCAAAUGUUGAAGGUAAUAUAUGUGUUAUUCCCAUCAUUGGGAUGGCAGGCCUGGGCAAGACAACUCUUUCUCAACUCCUAUUCAAUGACGAGAGAGUAAAAAACCAUUUUGAAUCUAGAAUGUGGGUAUGCGUCACGAUGGAGUUUGACCUCACGAGGAUUCUUAAAGAGAUGAUAGAAUUUCAUUCAAAGAUGAAAUAUGGUUCAAAUUUAUCAGUAGACCUGCUCGAGUCCCGUCUUCUCGACUUUUUGGUCGGGAAGCGUUUCUUACUUAUUCUAGAUGAUGUGUGGACUGAAGAUUACGAGGAAUGGGUACCGCUUCAGAAUCUCUUGAAACAAGGAGAUAAGGGAAGUAGAGUUUUGGUUACUAGUCGACACGAAAACGUUUCAAAGAAGAUUGGCACACAAUCACCUUAUCUUCUGGAAUAUUUACCUGAAGAUGAAUGUUGGUCAUUGUUCAAAAAAAUUGCAUUAAAUCAUAGCAAUUUGUCAUGCCCAGAUCUGCCAAAGCUAGAAGAAAUUGGGAGGGAUAUUGUGGGUAAAUGCAAGGGAUUACCUCUGGCAAUAAGAGCAAUGGCUGGUCUUUUGCGCGGCGAUGAUGACGUAAACAAAUGGAAGAAAAUCUUGAGCAGUAACAUAUGGGAGAUAGAAGAGGGGAGUUUCGGAAAUAACAAGCUCAUGCCUGCACUCAAGUUCAGUUAUGAUCAUCUUCCUUCUCAUCUUAAAGAUUGUUUUGCAUAUUGUUCCAUUUUCCCAAAAGCCUAUUAUUUCGAGAAGGAGGAGUUGGUGAAACAAUGGACUGCAGAAGCAUACGUUCAAACUAGAGCACAAGAAACAGAAGCCAUGACUGGAAUCGAAUACUUCAAUGAAUUAUUGGUGAGGACUUUUUUUCAACGUUCCAGUAUUGAUAACAAGGUGAGAUACCGGAUGCACGAUCUUAUUCAUGACUUGGCACAAUCAGUUUCAAUGCGCCACUGUUGCCAAGUUAAGGAUUACAAAUCCUGCAGUAGCUCUCAGCAAUCAAAAGAAUAUCGUCAUGUGUCACUUCUUUGCAAAGAUGUUGAGCAGCCUGCUUUGAGUAUUGUUGAUAAUUCUCAGAAGCUGCGCACACUUCUAUUGCCAAGUGAGUUCUUGAAGAACUUUGGGCAGGCCCUUGAAACUAUUUUCCACAAACUCAAAUAUCUUCGGCUGUUACAUUUGAGUUCUAGCACAAUCCAGGUAUUGCCGAGCUCAAUUGAAGAGUUGAAGUUGCUGCGUUACCUUGACCUCUCCCGAACUGAAAUCAAGGUACUUCCCGACUCGAUAUGUAACCUCUAUAAUUUGAAAACACUGAAACUUUUGGGGUGUCUUUGGUUAACCCAAUUGCCCAAGGACCUUGGAAACCUGGUUAACCUACAAAACCUUGAGCUAGAUGAUAUGUUCUGGUUCAAGUCUUCCACAUUGCCUCCAAGAAUAGGGAAGUUAACCAGGCUGCAAAAUUUGCAUGCAUUUCCGAUUGGCUGCAAGAGUGGAAACAGGAUUGAAGAAUUGAAGGAAAAGGCAUAUCUUACCGGGACGUUGCACAUUUCGAAGCUCGAAAAUGCAGAGAAUGCAGAGGAGGCAAAGCUGAACGAGAAGGAGAGUGUUCAUAAGUUAGUGUUGGAAUGGAGCAACAGAGAUGCCAAUCCACAUGAUUUAUCAGACGAGGAGAGGCUACUAGAACCUCAUUCCGCUUUGAAGGAGCUCCAAAUUUUCAAUUACUUGGGUAAUAGCUUUCCACAUUGGAUGACAAAUGGGCAGCUCCGAAACUUAGUGGGUAUCUCCUUAAAGGGUUGCAGUAACUGCAGAAUCCUCUCCUCCCUCGGUGAGCUACCCCACCUUAACGAACUCUAUAUUAAAGGCAUGCUGGAGUUGGAGAAAUGGGAAAAUGGGGAUUACAAUUCUCUCUGUAGACUGAAGAUUAGUAACUGUCCCAAGCUAAGGGAAUUGCCCAAAUUCAUUCCAAACCUUCGGGUUAUGAAAAUCAAGAAGUGUUCCUCGUUAAAGGCUCUUCCAGUGACAGCAUUUCUGAUGUUUCUAAUACUUGUUGACAAUCCUGUCCUGGAAAAUUGGAACGAGGCUAUGCUGCAACUCAUUUCCAUAAAUGAUCGAAGGCAACAAGUAGUGCAACAACGACUUUCCUUUAUUAGUCUUCUCGAAAUGAAAGUCAUCGGUUGCCCCAAGCUCCAGGACCUGCCGACAAACUUUGCUCCUCAGAAACUGGAGAUAAGUGGGUGUCCGUUAUUCAGCACCCUAGUUAUCCCAGAGAUGAGCCGACGUCUUCAGCAUUUAGCUUUGAGUUCAUGUCAUGAUGAAACAUUAGUGAAGGCCAUACCAAGUACCAGUUCUCUGUAUUCUCUGGUCAUUUCCACCAUCUCAAACAUAACUUCAUUUCCAAGAUGGCCUGAUCUUCCCGGGCUCAAAGCUUUGUACAUCAGAGAUUGCAAAGAUCUUGUGGCUUUGUCCGGAGAAGGAUCAAUGCGGAGCUUGACCUCUCUGAAGCUGCUGUCUACACAAGGGUGUUCAAAGCUUGUAAAAUUUCAAGAUGAAGAGCUACCACCAGCACUUGAGUGUUUAUUGAUCGGCUCAUGCUCUAGUUUGCUGUCACUUGGCACAUUUGGGACGCUGAAGAGUUUCCAUUCACUGAAGGACCUUUACAUUGAGGACUGCCCUCUCCUCCAGUCAUUUCCUGAAGACGGACUUCCCAACUCUCUUCAACAUUUGCUCAUUCAAAAUUGUCCUUUACUGACGAAACAAUGUGGCAACGAGGAUGAACAAGGUCCAGAAUGGGAAAAAAUCAGUCACAUUCCUGACCUGGAGAUUGAUUUCAUCAAAGCUCCACCUUUGCCAAAAGAAAAAAAUAAAGCAUGGUAUCGCGUAUUCAUUCGUGGUGGAGGGUUAAAAGGGAAUGAAGCAGCCGAAUCUUCAGCUUCAGCCUGAAAAGAUGAUGUUUCUGGUUUCGCAAUUAAAGGGAAGGAAGCUAUGGUGUCUUAAUUCUGUUUUUGUUUACCAUCCGAAGAAGACUGAAUCCCUCAAGAUGUCUUAAUACUUUCAAAUAGUGAAUUCAACAAAAUGCAGGCAUGCAUUUUCUGUAAUCAGUCUUGGACAUGGCACAUGGCUAACCUUGCUUGUUUUAGCCUUGUAACUUGGUUUGCUUGUUUUCUGUUUGUGUUGAAGUUUGCUGGUCAUUUAUUGAA